AUGAGUAGCGUCGCCAAAGAAAGCGAUGCUGUAAGUAGCAGCGGUAGCAGGGAAGACCCCAUUGACCAACUGAAAAAAAAACAGUUUGAGAAAAAGCAUAUGGAACUUAAGGAGAAACUAAAAAGACUCAAGGGUGUCAAUAAUAGCGGUGCAAAUGAUGAUGCCAAUAGCGCAGAUUCGUUGAAACACGGAAAGGAGAGUCCGAGCCCAAACGAGGCUACCACUGAACAGGAAAAAAGUGAUAACAAAAGCAAAUUUCUUCAAUUGAAGGAAAAGUUAAGAAAACUGAAGGAGGAAUAUAGUGCCCGUUGGGUAGGGCGCGCAAGUGAAAGUGCUCGAAGCGGAAGUAGCAGGCGAAGCACGACAAGCGAACGAAGCAACGGCAACGGCGGGCCCGCGCCCGCUGGACAGACUACCAAGAGAGAAGAACACGCUCCAAUACAGAAGGACCGAGAAACCUUGCGAGCUGAAUUGAAAAAAAAACUAGAGAAGUUUAAAAGGGAGAAUGGAAUUUGUGAUGAGGAAAACGGAAGAGUUGUAGAAGAAGAGGAAAAAAGCGUGUCUCAAGACAGAAGCUUAAGCAAAGGAUAUCCAAACCGGAAGAAUAGGAAACGUAUAAGAGGAGGAAGUAACUCCACGAUGAAUCGCUCCACAUCGCGUGGGGUGAGAAGACGACCAUGUUAUGACAGCAGGGAAUUGUAUAUCCCCCUCGACAGAAAUAGAAUGAAUCGUAAUAAUCCGAACGGGCAUUAUAGAAGGGGUACCAGUAACUCCCCUCGGUUUAGCUCUCCCGAAAGAGAGCACAGGAGGGAGUACCGCGGCGGGAUGGUCGCUGGGCGCUACAGCCCCAGGGGAGGUAGAAGCAGAGAUAGGGGGAGAAGCAGAGAUAGGAGGAGAAGCCGAGAUCGCAUUCGAAGCGGGGACAGGGGGAGAAGCCGAGAUCGCAUUCGAAUCCGGGAUCGAAGUAGAAGCCAGGGCAGAGGAAGAAGCCGGGAGAGAGACCCCUGCAGAGAGAGGCACAUACCAUUGAACGCACGAGAAAGGGGAAGUCGAAUGCGGGAUGAUGAUCACACACACUUCAGGAGGGAAGACAAACAAAACAGAUAUUUGUACAAUCAGAAGACAGGAGAAAAGGUAGAAAAGAAAUUUUUCCGAGUCCCUUUAGGUUACCACCACACAACCAAGGAGAGUUGGAACAACUACACACAGUGGUUGCAAAAAAAAAAUGAUUACAGAUUUGGUCUACCUUUUGAUCAGAACAAAAUUUUCAGACGAUCUAAAUCGUUAUCUCCAACUACGUGGAAGAAGUUCGUGCCGAACUCUGAUGAUGACCACGAUGAUAAUGACGAUGGUGAUGACGAUGAAGAUAAUGAUAGGGUGUCCUCGGGGUGCGAGCGCGGGGGGAAGCGAACCAAGAGGGAUGAAAAAAAUAGAAAUAAACACAGAAAAGGUGAAAAGACUCGAAGGGCAAAGCACCAUAAGGGAGACUCAUAUGUUGAUGGACGUAGUGAUGAUGAAGGUAACACCGGUAGAAAGAGGAACGACAGUUCCUCCCCUUCCAAGUCGCGCUCUCGUGGUGAAAAGGGAAGGUACAAUAGUAGUCAUACUUCACGCAGACGGAAGAGGAAGGAAAAUAAAUAUUCAAGGAGUGUAUCGUCGGGAGGAGAAAUAGAAAGGGAAAGGAGCAUUGAAAAGGGAAAGAGGCGAUCAUCCGUGGAAAGAAGAAAGAGCAAAGCGGAGAAAAAAUCCUCCAAGAAGAACAACCAUCACAGGUACAGAAGCAACAGUAGCAGUUACAGCGGCAGUCACAGGCGAGACAAGAAAAAACAUAAACACAGAAAACAUGAGGAGAUGAAAGAACGAAGCGAGAAAAAAAAGAGGAAGAGUAAACAUGAGGAGAAAAAAAAAAAGAGGAAUAACAAGCAUGAAGAGAACAAGAAGAAAUCAAAAAGAAGAAACAAAGCGAAAAGAGACGAGGAGUAUUCUGAUAGCCAAGGGGAAAAGAGUGAAGCAGCCCCUACGUCUGCUACGUCGUUGUCCUUCUUGUGCGAGGGAUACGACUCUCUACAAGAUAUGGACAUGAGCAAUCAGGGAUCAGGCGAAGAUGGAAAGAAAUCUGGAGAAAUUAAAAUGGAAGAGAAAGGAAUGGAGGAGAAAGGAAUGGAGGGGAAAGGAAUGGAAGAGAAGGAAGAAGAAUUGCUCGAAGCGCAAAAAGGAGGAAACGUUAUUGGAGAGAGAAUUCCCCCCAGAGACUGUGAAGACUCAUCCGGAGAAGGAAGCGACAUAGGACCCAAGCCACUGGAUGUGAAUGUUAAAUUAGCGAAUCAACAAAUAGAUUAUGGUGUGGCAAUGAUGCCCGGAGAGGGGCAAGCAAUCGCGCAGUUCGUACAAAAGGGGAAGAGAAUUCCAAGAAGAGGAGAAGUCGGGUUGUCUGCUGAGGCGAUUGAAAAUUUCGAGAGCCUUGGUUAUGUCAUGAGUGGAUCGAGGCACAAAAGAAUGAACGCAAUCCGUAUGCGAAAGGAAAAUCAGGUAUACAGCGCUGAGGAGCAGAGGGCCCUUGCCAUGUUUAACUACGAGGAGAGGGCCAAUAGGGAGAAUGCCCUCAUAAGUGACCUGAAGGAAGUUUUGCGAAAGCAGAACGAGGCAAUUCUAAACGAGAGUAAAAAUAACUAA